UCUGCUGCAGCACUGGCCGCUCCUCUUUCCACCGAAAGUCACACGAGGCGUGCCAAGGAAAGAAGGCGGUGUGUGAGGCCGGCGGCGACAGGCCUAGCGACGCUCCUUUCUCGAGCUGGAUGCCUCGCAGGCUCCCGGCGGCCUCUUCCAUCGUGCCAGCAUCAUGAAGACCACGAGCGAGCGCCUGCCUCCGUCCACGAGUUACCGCCGGACAUUGUUGGCCGCCGACCAGUACCGUGUUCGGCUUGUCCGCCGAGGUCGUCGGCUGGCCGGAUAUCUGCUUCGGCGGUAUCGUCUCCUCGUCACGGCCCUCGCCGUCUGCGUCAUGGCGAUGGCGCCCGCUGCCGAGGGGUCCUGUCCGUCGCGGGAGUUCAUCUACCCGUGCACCUGCACCGAGACCUUCAUCGGCAACUACGUCAUGUGCACCGUUGUGCGCGAAGAACAGCUGAGACUGCCGUUCCAGUACCUUAGAGACUAUAACCUGAGUCGGUUGUUCCUUAGUAACGUUACGUCGAGCCUGAAUCCGGAUGUGUUCACGGGACUCAAGGUCGGCACCUUCAAGGUGGCCGAUUCUAGAUUUAAGAUGGAGGACACGCGUCAACUGGGAGGUUGGUCUUCGGCUUCGACAGAACGCUGGACGAGGAUCCAGAACCUGGAGUUUAUGCGCUGUUACGUGGACGCCGGUGCCAACUUCUUCGGUGCGCUGGACCAGCUGGAAACGUUGUCGCUGUUGAACAGCACAGUGACCCGCUUCGGCCGUGAGUGGAUUGGAGCGCUUGUGAAUCUGACCCACUUGAAGGUCGACUCUGUGAGCUUCCACGAACUCGAUCACGACGCCCUCGCGGACUUGCCGAGACUCAGCACGCUGGUGUGGUCCAGCAACGGCGCCACCGUCCUGACGCGCCAAUUCUUUCCCCGCCGAGCACGGUACUUGAAAAGCAUCGAUCUCAGCGACAACGAGCUCACGUCUCUGCCACCGGACAUGUUCAACAACAUGCCUGUGCUGGAAAGCGUCACACUGAGCCGCAACCAUUUCCAGACGCUGUCGCCGGAACCCUGGAAGCCGAUGCUGGGCCAGCUGCAGCUCGUCAAACUCGACGAGAACCCGAUCGACUGCAAUGGAACCAUCUCAUGGAUGUUGCAGGGCAACGCCCGGCACAAAGUCGUUGGCACUUGCGCGGCGCCCCCGAACUUGGCCGGCACGCGGAUCAGCGAUCUAGACGAUAGCAGGUUGAGAAGAUAACGGCACAAUUCCAGAGCACAAAUUCGCCAAGGAACACAACGAUCAAGUGAAGGCGCCGAUUGCUUUCAUUUGCCGCAAACAAAGCAGUCCAUCGUCAAGCAGCGGGCGCUGAUUGAGCCCGGCCAGCAAGUCGACCGCCGCCUCACACCACACAGACAAAUAUUCACGUCGCAUCAGACUUCAUCAACACAUCAUGCUUCUUUCUGGGCGGACCGGCAGAAUCACAGCGCGGCCGAUUGACCGCAGGCCAAGCCAAGACAAACGUGUGCCGUAGACUGUUAGCUCGUGCUUGCUGGCUUCGCUGUAGGUCGUGUGACUGUGUGACUCCUGGUGAUGCCAGCGCCAUUCCAUGUUGGAAAACAUAGAUUGAUAUGUGCACAAUUUCCAUGUGCUGUGAUGCGUAUUCGAAGGUCUGAAACGACAAGCAGUAGUGACCGGCACACGUUGACGCGCACCAGUUCUGGUUUUCGCAACAUUCCGAUGAGCUGCUUCUUCUCGGUGUGGUGAUACGAACGCGCACCUGAGGACUGCUCACGCACGACUCGUGAAUACAGCUCCCUCUUGCGACACUGAACUUAAAGCACAUCAGCAAACAACGGUUCUCUUUUUUUUUCUGUCUCGGCCCAAAUUUAAAGUAGCCGUAAAGUCGUUAGUUUCUCCCCGUAGAAGUUUCUCGGGUUCCGACGAGAAGCUCACGCUGUCUAAUAUUCGGAAAGAGAACUUGUCUCACAAUUCCAUUCUGUAAUUCAGCUUAUACAAGAAGAUAGCAUCUACGUUGCAUGAACAUUUACUCAUGUGAACCAAAAAGUACAUGUUAAAAUCGACAUCGAAAAGCGUGAAAAUUAGUGCGCGUAGCAAAAAGUGACAGUUGUGGUUCAAUAUUCAAACGAAGAAACAACGAGAGGUCGUUAGAGUCCCGUAAUAGCUGUCACUGCUAUUGCACAGCGUGAAGAAGAGAAAGAUCUGAAAGCAUGGUGAGACGUUAGGCAGAUGUACUAGAAUAUUAACGAGGAAUUUCAUAACGCUCUGUGUGCUGUAGCAGUCCAUAGAUCGCGUUCUAUGCGCGUCACUGGGUGGAGAAAAAUAUGUCCAUAGGGGCGGCAGAACUCGGGUGUAAAUAGAGCCAUCGAAUUUCGAGGAGUGUACCAUUGACAUUGUUCUUUUUUUCACUUUUGCUAAUAUUUAAUUUAGUUUCCUAGUUUGUGAACUUAUUUUUCCUUCUUGUGUUGUUAGUACGAACUCGGAGAUCUGAGGUGAAAUGGUUGAACGAGCGUUAUUAAAACUGGAUCGACAAUUCUGCGAAUCACAAGUGUAGACAUGCUCGACGCUUUGUUUCCAGAAGCCAAUGAUGGUAGUCGUGGCCAAACUUUGGACAACGAAAGUCAUCGGGGCACGCCAGCAGUCAUGAGAGCUCGAAAUAGUUAGUCAUUGCACAUUCUAAAUGAACAAAUAACAAACUACGCUAUGGGCCACGGAGGGCCUACAGAGAAUGGAAAGCACGUAUUGUACAGAGAUGUAUUGUUUCUUUCAGCACGUUUACCAGCCCACAGAUACUGCACCAGAUAUCUGCUCGUUGUGCAAAGUGACGUGAAACAGAUGACUACACAUACCUGUCUAUUUUAUGAAAGUGUUGCUGCUCUCUAAAACAAUGGCUCAAAAGUUUUCUGGUCAUGUAAAUAUGGUGACAGUAAUAAAUGAUUUUAUGCACCGUGG